AAGUAUUUGGAGCACGUCGAGCAGGAAGCUGAAGACGGUGCCUGAGCCUCCCUCCAUCUCCCUCCAGACACUUGUGUGCUGGCCAACUCUUGUUUGUCCUGUCCGAUCACCAUGAUGUCAUGAAGGUAAUCAAUCGGUGUGACGUUCUGUGGGAUGUCCAGGUGGAUCCAGAUCUCUUUGAAUGAUAUUAUGACAAGAGGCAGCACAUCAUCAAAUAAUUUGUCCCAGAGAGUGUGUCGGAAGAAAGGAGUAGAUUAUUCUAUUGGAAAAACGAUGCCAAAAUCUUGGAUGCUCACAGGGAGCCAGAACCCAGAAGACCAAACGUCAGAGGAGCAGGUUUUCUACGAGUUCAUUUUUAGGCUCUUCAAAGAGAAUAAGGUGGAGAUUGCAAGUGCAAUAAAAAAGCCAUUUCCUCUCCUUAUGGGCCUCCGAGACCGUGGCUUUAUCCCUGAGCAGAUGUAUGAGCAUUUUCAAGAAGCUUGUAGAAAUCUGGUCCCAGUGGAAAGAGUAAUCUAUGAUGUGCUCAGUGAACUGGAGAAGACAUUUGACAAGACAGUUCUGGAUGCACUGUUCAGCAAUCUUAACCUAAAGGCAUAUCCUGACUUACUUGAGAUUUGCAGAAGCUUCCAAAAUGUGAUUCGUGACAACUUCCAUUAUGAAGCCAUGGAUGAGGAAGAGACAAAAGAGGUGCUCGACUUCCAAAUGCAUCACAAGCUAGAGUCCUGUGAACGCUCACUUCUCCAAGUGAAUAACAUCAGAGGGCUAGAAGACACACCCAGCUUACAGCCCCAUGAAGGACCAGUUUCCUGUGAGCAUGAAGCUCCCCAAAGGACGAGUGGAGGUGAUAUUGAAGAGAUCCCCGAACUGCUGCCAGGCAAUGGGGGAGUGUCCUGUGAACCUGUAGCUCUACAAAUGGAUGAAGGAGGAGAAUCAGAAGAAAUGCCCAGAUUACUACUUUAUGAUAGAGAAGUGACCUGUGACCCCGGAGUUCCUUCAAUGACUAAUGAAGAGGAACCAGAGGAGAUGCCAGAGGAGAUGCCCAGCCUACCAGCAGAAGAGGAACAAGAGCAUGAUGAUGCCCACUGGGAGGCCAGUGAUGAAGAAGAGCCUCAGGAAACCUUGAGCUCCCCACCAACAUGUGGGCCAGGGUCCCAUGAUCCUGAGGCUCUCCAAAUAAUCAGUGAAGAAGAACCAGAGGAGAUGCCCAGCCAAGUGCUAUCUGAUGGAGAAGCAGAGAGUAGCAGUGACUGUUUAGAAAUGUGUGAUGAAGGAGAACUCCAGGAAGACUUGAGCUCACCACCAGAAAAUGGAUCAGAAGCUGAGCUACCAGCAUAUGGAAAUGAGAAGUGUUCCUGUGUUAUGUGCUCCUCAAAGUAUGUGCCAGAAGGUCCAGAAGCAAGUACUGCAAGUAGCCAAGCACGUGACACGAUGGAUACUGCAGAUCUUGGAAACACUUCUUCGGGAAAACUCAAGAGGAAGAGAAGAAGAAAGAAAGGCCAUGCCUGGACAAGAAUUAAAAGGAAAUAUCAGAGAAAGUUACAUCAAAAAGACAGCAGCAGCACUGCUGGCCAGUUGGUCUCCAGGGGGAAAAAGGUGAAAAUGCGUCUGCAAGAACUUGCCAAGAUCAAGAGGUCAAGAAGAAGACGCAGAGACAGAGACGAUAGGGUGAAUUUUCACUCUCAAAUACUUCCUGUAACCUGUGGUGAGGUGAAGGGGAUGUUAUAUAAGAAGAAACUGAAACAAGGAGUCUUGGUGAGAUGUAUACAGAGUGAGGAUGGAAACUGGUUCACCCCCAGGGAAUUUGAAGUCAAAGGAGGCCACGCAAGAUCAAAGAACUGGAAGCUGAGCAUUCGCUGUGGUGGGAUGCCCCUACGAUGGCUGAUAGAGAAAGAACUUCUACAUAAUCCUCCAAGAAAAUAUUUCAGGAAAAGAAAGACAAUACCAAAGGCUCACAACAACACCUUAGUUGACCCUUAUCUGGGAAACUCUGACGAGUGUGAGACGUGCCGGGACGGAGGAGAGCUGUUCUGCUGUGAUACUUGUUCGAGAUCUUUUCAUGAGGACUGUCACAUCCCACCUGUGGAAACUGAGAGGAGCCCGUGGAGCUGCACCUUCUGCAGGAUAGAGUCUUUGGGAAGGCAGCAGUGUCACAGGGAGUCUGAGGUCCUUGAGAGGCAGAUGCAGCCCGAGGAGCAGCUGAAAUGUGAGUUCAUUCUCUUGAGGGUCUAUUGUCAUUCAGAGAGCUCCUUUUUUUCGAAGAUUCCAUAUUAUUAUUAUAUUAAAGAGGUUUCUCAAAACAUAAAGGAACCCAUGUGGUUGGACAAAAUCAAAAAGAAGCUAAAUAAACAGGGUUACCACCAAGUAGAGGGGUUUGUGCGGGACAUGCGGCUCAUCUUUCACAACCACAGGAUGUCUUACAAGUACAAUGACUUUGGCCUAAUGGGACUUAGACUGGAGGCUGAAUUUGAAAGGAAAUUCAAGGAAGUGUUUGCUAUUGAAGAAACAAAUGAGAGCAGUUCACUGGCAUAGUGGAGGCUAUUGGUACUCUGGAAAAUCCCCUUUUGGGGCAGAAUUUUCAUCCCCCAGCUGCUGUGAGGAUUGGCUGUUGCUGCCAACCCCUCCCCAACAUAUCACCUUCUACCAAUGCCAGCUUCGCCUGGAGACUAUACCUCUUGGGCCUGGGGGCUGGCCCCUAGUCCCAAGGAUGGACCAGCAUGUGGUGUGUGAUUCAUGUUCCUACACUCCCAAGAUCAAGCUGGAGCCAGUCUCCAGCUGGGACCACAUCCAUGCUUGGCUUUUCCCACAACACGAUCCUGCUUCCCUCAUCCCUCUUCUCUUGAAAAAAUUCUCAUAAUAAAUCACUUACUUAAGAGACUUUA